CCGGGGGCACGGUUUGUUCUUCGCGGUCUCGAUACCUUUACCUUUUCCUUUCGCCUUCUCAAUCUGUGAUCUACUCGGUUUUCUCUCCAAUCUCUUAUCUGAAGUUUCUUGUUUGAUUGAUUUUCUCUGGCUUUGAUACCUUCGGUUUGCUACGGUUUUCGGCAAUGCCGCCACCGAACAAAUCGAACAUGGGUGCUGAUCAAAACCCUAGGUCGAGCCAUGGAGGAAAGGAGACGGACGAAGACGAAGUUCCUUCUCAUAAUCUUUGGGUAGGAAACCUUGCCCUUGAUACGAGUGAUACUGAUUUGAUGAAUUUGUUCGGCAAGUACGGUGCGCUCGAUUGCGCUGCCUAUGCGUCUAGAAACUAUGCCUUCGUCUACUUUAAGCAUCUUGAUGAUGCAAAAGCCGCGAGGGAUGCUCUACAGGGUUCUGUUGUUCGUGGCAAUCGGAUCAAGAUUGAGUUUGCUAAACCGGCUAAGCCUGGCAAACAUUUAUGGGUUGGUGGGAUUAGUUCUUCUGUUACCAAAGAGCAACUAGAAGAUGAGUUUUUGAAGUAUGGGAAAAUUGAGGAGUUCAAAUUUCUUAGGGACCGAAAUUCAGUGCUUAUCGAUUAUGUUAGGUCAGAAGAUGCUCUUGCAGCCUUGAAAAGUAUGAACGGGAAACGUUUAGGUGGUGAACAAAUACGUGUGGAUUUUCUGAGGUCUCAACAUUCUCGAAGAGACCAUUGGUCUGACUUUCAUGAUUCAAGGGAUGGACCCUUCAACAACAGAAGGGGCAUGGGACCUCCGGAGCCAUUAUGGAUGCCACCAGAUGCCAUGAGAAAUUUCCCCGACUCAUCUCAGAUUGGCCUUAAAAGGCAUAUGCCUUCUCAACCGUUGGGCGGUCGAAGGGGAGAAGGCCAACCAAGCAAUAUUUUGUGGAUAGGAUAUCCACCAUCAGUUCAGAUUGAUGAACAGAUGCUUCACAAUGCCAUGAUCCUUUUUGGAGAAAUUGAAAGAAUCAAAAGUUUCCCAUCAAGGCAUUAUUCGUUUGUUGAGUUUAGAAGUGUGGAUGAAGCUCGGCGUGCCAAAGAAGGUCUGCAAGGGCGUCUUUUCAAUGAUCCUAGGAUACAGAUUUUGUUUUCAAGCAGCGAAUCUGCUCCUGGUAAAGAUAGCACAGCAUUUUAUCCAGGAAUAAAAGGUCCUAGGCCAGAUAUGUUCUUCAAUGAGCCUCCUUUUGGUCCUGGACCAAUGGAUGCAUUUGGUAAUCCUCGCUUGAUGGGACCGCAUAAUUUCCCUGGACCCCUACCUAAUGGCAUGCCAGGUCCAAACAUGCUGAUGAGGCCUUUUGGUCCUCAAGGUGGAUUUGAUCCACUUCAUUCAGGUCCCGAGUUCAAUGAUCUAUCGGGGCUUGCCCAUAACUUCCCAGAUGCUAAUCCCAGUAAUCCCAUGGCUCCAAAUUGGAGAAGGUUAUCUCCACCUGCACCUGGCAUGCUCCCUUCUCCUGCACCUGGUAUGUGGCCACCCAUUAGGCCCUCACCUGGUACAUGGGAUGGAUAUGACUCUAAUGCAUUUCAAAGGGAAUCCAAGAGGUCAAGGAUUGAUGGUACUCCGGCAGUUGAUGAUGUUGCCUUUACUGUCAGAAAGAUGGACGGCCAGGCAAUGGGGGGUGAGCCACCAUUUGGGUUUGGACCACCUCUUGCAAAUAACCCAAGUCAGAUCCGCCAGAGUCCCACAGAUGGAAGGGUCCCUAGUGGAGGGCCUUCUGGCCAGGUUCUUCCUGAUAAUGAUCAUUGUUGGCGUGGCGUUAUUGCUAAAGGUGGAACUCCUGUUUGUCAUGCUCGUUGUGUACCCAUUGGAAAGGGGAUAGACUCUCAGCUCCCUGAUAUUGUGAAUUGCUCAGCAAGAACAGGAUUGGAUAUGCUCGCAAAACACUAUGCUGAAGCUAGUGGCUUUGACAUUGUUUUCUUCCUACCAGACAGUGAGGAUGAUUUUGCUUCCUACACCGAAUUUCUUCGUUACCUUGGUGCAAAGAAUCGUGCUGGUGUUGCUAAGCUUGAUGAUGGGACCACAUUGUUUUUGGUGCCUCCGUCAGAUUUUUUAACAAAAGUGCUGAUUGUCUCAGGUCCAGAGCGCCUGUAUGGUGUGGUUCUCAAGUUACCUCAACAAAUUCCAAGCAAUGCAUCCACACAACAACCACAGCACCCCACUUUUCCUCCAUCACAGUAUAUUGAUAGGCAGCAAUUACCUCCUCAAACUGAUUACAAUUCUGUUCAUCAUGAGGACCAAAUCGAUUAUAAUAGGGUAUUCCAAGAGGAUUCGAUGCCACAACCUCCAAAACAACUCUUACCUUCUGAUGAGCCCCAUGCAAUGCACUCUGCUCCUCGAGACAAUGCAAGUAAUCCUUCAGUGGCUCCCCAAGGAGUAUCUCUAACUCCUGAGCUCAUUGCUACCCUUGCUGCUUUACUUCCUAAUAACAAUAUGCAGUCUUCAAAUGCAAGCCAUGCUCAGUUACCGCUUGCCCCUUCCUCGAGGCCUUCAUUGCCUGCUUUGACACCUGAUAAAGCAGUACCACCACAGGGAUGGAGACAAGAUCAUCAAGCCUCUGUUGCUGGUGCUCAUCAUCCUGUGAAGGAAGAACAGGCAAGCUAUGCAUCCCAGCCAUUGGGACAUCAAUUUAAUUCUCAGGGACAACUUUUGUCUCACUUUCCGGCAUACACAAAUGUAUCAAGUGGAUCUGACCCCUCUGCACAAGCCAUCCUUGGUAGUACACAUAUUCAGGAGCCUUCUCUCCACGUGACUCAACAGGGUGCAACAUCUAGACCUUUGAAUAACUUUCCUAUUCCUUCCCAAGCUGGGCAGUAUACAGUACCCCAUCAGGGCACCCAACAGUAUCAAGUUGAUGCUUCUCAAAUAGCUCAGAAAGGCUAUGAGAUGGUACCUGGUACAGAUGCUUCUGGGUUAUUCCGUCCUCAGGUCUUUUUGCAGCCUAGGCCCCCUGUCAUCUCGUCUGCUCAGGUUCAAGGCUCAAAUUUAUCCCAAGCACAAUUUGGCAUGCUGUCAGCAACUGAUAAAGGGAACUCAGAAUUUCCUAAUCAGGUGCAACAGUUGCAAUCUGCUCUAUCGAGUGCUGGCCAAGGUACAUCAGAUGGUGAAGCAGAUAAGAACCAAAGAUAUCAAUCAACACUACAAUUUGCUGCCAGCCUUCUCCUCCAGAUACAGCAGCAGCAGCAGCAGCAGCAACAGCAACAACAACAGCAGCAGCAGCAAACGACAGCUCAAUCACUGCAAGGUUCUGGCAAUCAUCAAUAAGAUCUUAGUGUCAGGUUGGGAUGAUGCACAGGUCGCCUAAUGAGAACUGGUUUUGGGUUGUUUUAAGCCUUUACAUUAUCAAAACGUUGUGGUGGAAAUCAAAUGUUGAAUUGGCUUAGAAGUGCAAAAAUAUGAUGGGUGGGGCGCGUCUGUGGGCGAUAACGAAAUUUCUCUUGUUUGCGAUCAAGGUUUUGAUACCGAUUAAUGUUAUCGACUUCAAUUUAUUAUGUGAAAAGCAAUGGAAUCUAACGAAACAAUUUUUUUUUUUUUUCUUGCUAAAUUUAAUAGAACAAAGUGAUUUUUCGU